UGGCAAUGCUGUACAAACACUUCCAUUCGCGUGCGCCAUUUUGAUAUAUCCGUGUAUUUCGGCGUAAUGCAUUUGACUGAAAAUUUAAAUAAAAUACACUAAUUUAAAGCAAAAGAAGGUGUUAAAAACGUUAAUUAAAGGUGCAGCAAUAAGAAAAGUGUAUAAAUUUGAAUAAAACGAUGUGAAUUUGAGUGAAAAGUGCGUUUGAAAAAACGGACUAGCAGAAAGUGAAAAAUUUUCAGACGACUACAUAAAAAUUUGUUCGUGCCCCGAAAGCGAAGCGGAGCGUUUCUUCGGUCUCGUGUAUUUAACGCACAUAAAGGAAAAAAGAAAAUCGAAAAUUGCCAACUUUCCCCGUGAAAAACUUUGAAAAUGUAUAAUAAUCGAGUGGCGGUAUAAAUGCAGAUAAUUGAUAAACUUUUAGAAUCGACUGGGAUAGGUGUAAGUUGGCGUAAUAAAGGUGUGUAUAUGAGUUGAUUGAAAAACUGUGAAACUGUUUAUGUGAAAGUGAUAACCACAAAUGGGAAUGAAUUGUUUUGCAAUAGUAUUGAUCAAUUCAUACUUCCAUAGUCUAAAGGUGCAAAUAAAAACAGGUACGGCAAGAAACAAGGUUCGCUUGGCAUAGAAAAUUGCAUACAUUUGCUGGAUGAUCUGAAUGAAUCGUCUGCGCAGGCAGAAAUAGCCGAACAGCCUCCGGGUGGAGUCCUCGCCACAAUUUUGAUAUCGCCUGAGGCAUAAAACUGGGAAGCGGGGUCGUCACUACCCUCUUUCCCAAAUUAAUUGCAAAAUUAAGGAGAGAAUAUAAAGAAUUUGGUGUCGACAUUGCACACUAAUAAAAGUCAUCGACGAAUGAAGUUAAAGGAAUUGAAAAAAGUGGAAAAGGAGCAGACGUAAAAAUACAACCAAGAAAUAAGAAAUCAAAUGCAAAGAAUAAGCAAAAGCAGAAACUCGUUUUGUUUUCUUUUUUAGUACAACGUUCGUAGUACCAUCGUUCAGCAGAAGUGAAGAUUGUCGUCGGCGGUGGCCAUCGUUGCUGCAUAGUAAUUGUUGUUGCCAUCGUCACUGUGUACAUAUUUAUGUCUCUCUCACACCUAUUGGAGUGUAAUGGUAAAAAAAGCCGCAUGCGAGUGGGAUACAUAGAAAGCGGGUAGGGAACAACGAAAAACAAAACAAAGCACAAUAUAGCAGAACAGUAGCAGCAUAUUAAAGUCAUAAACGACGACAAAUAAUAGGAAAAGGCAGAUCGUGAAAAGUAAUGCAAAGCAAAGCCGUUGUCUUAUUCGAAAUGUUUAUGUAGUGAAUUGGUGAGAAUUGCUGGUGAAAAGUCGUGAGUGUAUCGAGCACACAAACGAGCGGAUAGGUGGCAAAGAAGAAAGGAAAAGCCGUAUACAGAUUGUUGGUGAUUAUUCGGACAGUUUUUGUUACAAGUCUUUUUCAGCACAAACAACGUAGAGCGACAUUGCAUAGCGAACUCUGUACACGUUCGAAUAUUUUACUUGGUUAAAGCAGCUUUGACAGUGCUGUCUACCUCAUUACCUCGGCAUGUGUAUUUGUAUGUGCGCGCCGUUGCAGUGAUGAUUUAAAUGCAUAAUUCUGCAGCGCAGUUGCAGCGGCCGUUGAAGGAAACUACAAGCCUCUUACAACAGCAACUGCAAACAAAAUAUUCCUCUUGGAUUGAGUCAAAGAAGUAAUGAAUGAGAAAAUAAAAUCACCCUCUGGGCAGGGUGGUGCAGCUGGAGGUGGAGGUGCUGGGCCGCCGAGUGGAUCUGGUGGGCCUGUUGGAUCUGGCGGACAAAGCAGCGGCGGUAAUGGUGGUCCUGGUGUCAGUGUUCCGGGUGGUCCAGCUCCACCCAACUCAGCGAUAGGCGGUGGACCGCCCACUGGUGGUCCCCCCGCACCAAAUAAUGGCAGUGAUCAACAGCAACAAACAGUUCCACAUGCAUAUGGACCGCCAGGUAGUGAUCCAGCAGCGGCAAUAUCGCACUAUCAUCUACAUCAACAACCGCAUCCACAACAACAUCUACCGCAUCAGCAGGGUGGCCCUGGUGGCCCUGGCGUCCCCCAAAAUCCCGGUGAACAUUCUCAGAAAGAUGAAUAUGGACAAAGCCCAUUGGGAGGACCUCCACCUCCACCUCCUGGUGGACAUCAUCCUGUUUAUGGACGUUAUCAUCAUCCAGAUCCAAAUAUAGAUCCUUAUCGCUAUGGACAUUCUCCAAUGCAACAACCACCUCCUGGUGGUAAACCACAACAGCAGCCAGGUCCGCCGACAGGACCUGGUGGCGGCAUUGCUUCGCCCAGUCGGCCACCGCAACAGCGAUAUAUUCCAGGCCAGCCACCACAAGGUCCUACACCCACACUGAAUUCGUUGCUACAGUCGUCGCAUCCACCGCCUCCACCACAACAUCGUUACGCGAAUAGUUAUGAUCCGCAACAGCAACAGCAGCAACAAGUUGCACAACAGCAACAACAGGGCGGACCUCAGGGUCCACACGGACCACCACCGCCUCCACAUCAGCCAUAUGGAGCGCAACAAGGAUGGGCACCACCACCACGUCCAUACAGUCCACAAUUGGGACCGUCGCAGGCCUACCGAACGCCACCACCGACAAAUACUUCCAGAGGCCAAUCACCUUAUCCGCCAGCACAUGGUCAAAAUUCAGGUUCCUAUCCAAGUUCACCCCAACAACAGCCGGGCGGUCCACCACCGCCCCCACCGCAAUCAUCAAAUCAGGGUACGGCUGCUGCACAAUACUCACCGUAUCCACAGCGGUAUCCCACGCCUCCUGGGCCAGCGACAGGCCCGAAUCAUCGAACUGCCUACUCACAACAUCAGUAUCCUGAACCGAAUCGACCUUGGCCCGGUGGUACAUCGCCGGCACCUAGUCCCGGGCCUGGUGGCCAUCCGCAUCCCCCAGCAUCACCGCAUCAAUCACAGCAUGGCGGUCCACCGCCCAGCAGUAGUCCUGGACAUGCACCGAGUCCUUCGCCACAGCCAUCGCAGGCGUCACCAUCACCACAUCAGGAAUUGAUCGGUCAGAAUAGCAACGAUAGUUCGAGUGGUGGCGCACACAGUGGCAUGGGCUCGGGACCUCCGGGCACGCCCAAUUCUCAACAGGUAAUGCGUCCCACACCUUCACCUACAGGCUCAUCUGGUUCGCGUUCCAUGUCACCGGCAGUGGCACAAAAUCAUCCCAUUUCACGUCCCUCAAGUAAUCAGUCGAGUAGUGGUGGUCCUAUGCAGCAACCUGGUUCGUCUGGACCACCACCACUGCCCCAUAUGCAAGCGACGCAAGGUGGCGGCGGUCCACAGCAACAACAACUGCAGCAGCAACAACAAAUGCCGACACAACCGCAAUCUCAACAGCAGUCGAUCGGAGGUCCAGUUGGUGUGCACAGUUCCCCAGCCGGUAUAGGUGGCUCGCAGCAGCAGGUUGGAGGUCUGCCACCAGGUGGGCCAGGUGUACCCACCGGCCCACAACAGCAGCAGCAACAACCACCGCCACCGAAUCAAGGCUUGAACAGUAUGCAAACACAACCUCCUCAAGGAUCGGGUGGUGGCACGGGCGGCUAUCCACCACCGCCUCAUAUGCACGGUGUCUACAAGAUGGGCGGGCCGGGACAAAGUCCUGGUCCAGGACCACAAGGAUUGCCGACCGGCUACCCGCCACCACAGCAGUCGCAGCAAUAUUCCCAAGGAACCUACCCGCCACGUCCGCAGUAUACGCCCAGCGGUUAUGCGCCCACACCGCCUCCUUCGAAUCAGCCAACAUCCGCGAACAGUAUGCCACCGGGUGGAGGUCCUCAAUAUCCUGGGAGACCAAUGCCAAAUCACACUGGUGCUGGUGGUCCACACGCACAGUAUCCACCCUAUCAGAAUUGGGUGCCACCAUCACCACAAGGCGGGCCGGGUGGAGGUGGGGCACCAGUUGGUGCCGGUGCAGCGGGCAUGGGCAAUCAUGUACAGGGCAAAGGUACACCACCACCGGGUGGGCCACCACAACCACCCGGCGGUGGCUCGCCGCGUCCACUCAACUAUCUGAAGCAGCAUUUACAACAUAAAGGCGGCUAUGGUAGCGGUCCUGCGCCGCAACAGGGCUACGGCAAUGGACCUGGUAUGCAUCCGGGAAUGCCAAUGGGGCCGCCACAUCACAUGGGUCCACCGCACGGGCCCACCAGCAUGGGACCACCGACCAGCACACCGCCUCAAACAAUGGGCGGUGUUGUGGGACCAGGUGGGGUUGGCCCCGGCGGUAGUAUGGUUGGGGUGAGCGGCAGUGUAGGUAGCGGUGUGAUAUUGUCUGGCGAUGGCGAACACAUCUCACAGGACAAUGGCAUUAGUUCGUCGGGUUCAUCGACAGCAUCGGGACCACAUCCGGUCACUUCGUUGGUGACGACCGGACCAGAUGGCACGCCCAUUGACGAAGUUAGCCAACAAAGUACGCUAUCCAAUGCAUCAGCAGCUUCUGGUGAAGACCCACAAUGCACAACACCAAAAUCACGUAAAAAUGAUCCAUACAGCCAAAGCCAUUUAGCGCCACCCAGCACAUCGCCGGUCGGUCAUCCCGGACAUCCGAGUGGACCUGGUGAGGAGUACGAAAUGAAUUCACCACCAAAUUGGACGCGAACACCAGCUAGUCCGCAAGUUUUCAAUAGCCAUGUGCCGCCACAAGAGACUUUUCGUACAUCGUCUACGAAAAAAUCGGAUAGCCUCUGUAAACUGUACGAAAUGGAUGAUAAUCCGGAAAGACGCAGUUGGCUGGAUAAGCUGCGCGCCUUCAUGGAGGAGCGCCGAACACCGAUAACCGCCUGUCCAACAAUAUCGAAGCAACCGCUCGAUUUGUAUAGGUUAUAUAUUUAUGUAAAAGAACGUGGAGGAUUCGUCGAGGUAUGCAAGGUUACAAAAAGUAAAACCUGGAAGGACAUCGCCGGCUUGUUGGGCAUAGGCGCCAGCAGCAGCGCCGCUUAUACUUUACGCAAACACUACACAAAGAAUUUAUUGACAUUUGAAUGUCAUUUCGACCGCGGUGAUAUCGAUCCCUUGCCCAUCAUUCAACAAGUGGAAGCCGGCACAAAGAAAAAAUCGGCCAAAGCCGCUUCGGUACCAUCGCCAGGUGGUGCAAUUGCGUUGGACAACACAAACACAUCAACAAUGUCAGCAGGUUCCUCGAAUUCUCAAGAUUCAUUCCCCGCUCCGGGAGCAGCCGCGAAUGCAUCGAUUGACGGCUAUCCAGGCUAUCCGGGCGGCUAUCCCGGCACGACUGGCCCACAACCCGACUACGGUGCUGGCGGUGGCCAAAUGCAACGGCCACCCUCACAAAGCAACGCACAAACUCCACAUGCAGGCAAUACUCAAACAGCAGCAGCUGGUGAUAAUAUUAGUGUGAGCAAUCCUUUUGACGAUCCGGUUGUGGGUGGCGGUGGUAGUGGCAAUAGUAGCGUCAGCAACGCACCACCGCCACCACGUGCCUCCCCUUAUCAGCAGGGCGCUGGCAAUUCAUACACGCCGGUGUCUAGAACGCCAGGUUCUCCAUAUCCAGGACAACCGGGUGCCUACGGUCAAUAUGGUUCUAGCGAUCAAUACAAUGCAACUGGGCCGCCCGGCCAAUUCGGCCAAAGUCAGGGACCUCAAUUUCCGCCACAGAAUCGAAAUAUGUACCCUCCUUAUGGGCCAGAGGGGGAAGCUCCUCCACCUGGUGCAAAUCAAUAUGGCCCUUAUGGUAAUCGUUCGUACAGUCAACCGCCACCAGGUAGCUCUCAAACACCCACACCGCCUGGUUCGGCUGUAGCUGGCACAGCUGGCCCACCUACUGGUGGUCCGGCAGCUCCAGGCGGUGGCUAUCCGCCCGGUGCUCCAACACAACAGGAUUAUUACAGACCGCCUGAUCAGACUCCUCAACCAAGACGGCAUCCAGAUUUUGUGAAAGACUCUCAACCCUAUCCAGCGUAUAAUACUAGGCCACAAAUGUAUGGUGGUUGGAGUAGUUCUAAUCAGUUCCGUGGACAGUAUCCUUCUGCACCAACCCCGCAAGCUUGGGGCAGCGCACCGCCGCGAACAGCCGCACCACCAGGCAGUGGUCCACUUGGACCACCCAAUCAGCAAGCAUCGGCCGCCGUGCAGUGGGAACAGCAUCGCUAUGCGCCCCAACAGCCUCCACCGCCACCACAACAGCAGCCACCAUACCAACAGCAAAGUCAACAACAGCAGCCACCACCGCCGCCGCAGUGGGCGCAAAUGGCUGGCGCUGUGCAGCCUCCACCACAGCCGGGUACACCUGGCUCAGCGUUACGGCCGGCAGGCGGCAGUCAACAGCAAACGCCACAGCAACGCCCCGGUAUGCCUCCGCCACCCGCCCAGCAACAACCCGUUGGCCCGACGUCCAAUCAAACCAUGACAAAACCACCAUUUGUGAUGCCACCGCCACCACAAGUCAGUAGUGCAGGUACGCCUGCAUGCGGCCCGCCGCCAUCUGUAGCGCCACCUAGCACGGUCAGUGCAUUGCCGCCUGUCAUGGGCACACCAGUGACCGGUGCACCUAAGCCACCCGUUUCUGUAGUGAGCGCUGUACCACAAUUGGGCACACCUGGCAUGCCGCAGGUUCCAACGCAACAGCAGCCACCACAACCACAACCGCAACAAUCAUUUCCAACUCCUCCAGGCGCGCAGCUGGUUAAAAAGGAAAUAGUUUUCCCGUCAGACAGCGUUGAAGCCACUACACCAGUGCUAUAUAGGCGCAAGCGGCUGACAAAGGCCGACGUUUGCCCUGUGGAUCCAUGGCGCAUAUUUAUGGCAAUGCGCUCGGGGCUAUUGACUGAGUGCACCUGGGCGUUAGACGUGCUAAACGUGUUGCUUUUCGACGACACAACGGUGCAGUACUUUGGACUGGCACAUUUGCCGGGCCUUUUGACAUUACUUUUGGAGCAUUUCCAAAAGAAUCUCGCCGAAAUGUUCCACGAUUGCGACGUGGAUGUUGACCAGCGUAGUGGUGGUCGGAGUAUGCGCUCCGUACAAAACUACAACCGCAAACGACACUAUCUGGGAGUUAGUGACACCGCCGAGUACAACAACGAUUACGACAAAUUCAAGACCUCGAAAAUGCCACUAGCCGAGGAUGAUGACGAAGAUGAAGGAAUCGACUUGGGUCAGAUCCGCGUGCCACCCAACCCUGAGGAGCGGAUCACACUGCUCAGCCACACGCCCAACUAUACGAUGAUGUCACGCAAGGGCUUGCCGGUUCGUUUGCAGUCAGCAGAAGAUGAUAUUUUUAUAACGAACAGACAGAAGGAGUGGGAUUCGGAAGUGGAGCCCAUAUAUGAGCAGGCAACGGGGACUGAAACUACAGCAUGGAGUUGGACGUAUGGUUUUGCGGACCGAAACGCGCAGGACGGCAUAAUCGACGUUUUCAAAUCGGAGAUCAUAAACAUUCCAUUUGCGCGUUACAUACGCGGCAGCAGCGAAAAAAGUCGUAAUAGGGCGGAAGCAACAAAGCCGUCGGCGAAAAGUAGCGCUGUUAGUGCGGAAGAUGGGAAGGGCGUUGUAGACUGCGAAACAAGCAACAAGAUUCUGACAAAUGAGCCGACGGAAGACGGCUGUACUGAGGACAGUAAACUUCAGCAUACGUUUAACAAAAAGCGGCGAUUAUUUAAUAAUAGUAACAGUAAUAGUUCUAGCAGCAAGUAUAGCGUAGGCGGCUGUGAAGCGAGUGGUGCCAAAAAGUCAAAACUGCAGGACGACGAGGCAGCAUUUGCGCAACCGGGUCUUAAAAAGGAACUUGCGGACGCUUUGUCUGCAGAGAAUGCUUCAGUCGCCACCGAUAGCGACUGCCGUGAGGUGGAUAUGGAAAUAGAGCUGCUACCCCAACAACGUCUAGCCAAUGGCGGUAGUGGUAGUAUACUGAAAAACUUCGACCCAAUGUCGACGGUGCGCGAUGCAGCUCACGUGUUGCAGCGACGCCGCGGCUCCACCGUCGAGGAAGAGUGUUAUACACGCGACGAAGCCAGUCUGUACCUAGUUAGUGAGUGUCAAGAUGCGCUGGCGCGUCGAUGUAUCUGCCUAUCGAACAUAUUCCGCAACUUGACGUUCGUGCCGGGCAACGAAACGCUGCUAGCCAAGUCGCGCCGGUUUCUCGCCAUACUUGGUCGCCUGCUAUUGCUCAACCACGAACACUUGCAGCGCACACCCAAAACGCGUAAUUACGAUCGCGAGGAGGACACUGAUUUCUCGGACUCAUGCAGCUCACUGCAGGGAGAGCGUGAAUGGUGGUGGGACUACCUGGUCCAUAUACGAGAAAAUAUGCUCGUCGCUUUGGCGAACAUUGCAGGUCAUCUGGAAUUGUCACGCUACGAUGAGCUUAUCGCACGGCCACUCAUCGACGGUCUCCUACAUUGGGCUGUUUGUCCAAGCGCACAUGGCCAAGAUCCCUUUCCGUCUUGUGGUCCCAACUCUUCUCUUUCGCCACAGCGGCUAGCGUUGGAGGCUCUCUGCAAACUGUGCGUGACAGAUGCUAAUGUCGAUCUCGUUAUAGCGACACCACCGCAUUCGCGGCUCGAAAAGCUGUGCGCGGUUUUAACGCGCCAUCUGUGUCGCAACGAAGAUCAGGUGUUACGCGAGUUCUCCGUCAACCUGUUGCAUUACUUAGCCGCAGCGGAUAGCGCCAUGGCACGCACCGUGGCACUCCAAUCGCCCUGCAUCUCCUACUUGGUGGCUUUCAUUGAACAGGCCGAACAAACGGCUUUGGGUGUAGCCAACCAGCACGGAAUCAAUUAUCUGCGCGAAAAUCCGGAUUCAAUGGGCACAAGUUUGGACAUGUUGCGGCGCGCUGCCGGCACGCUAUUACACCUGGCCAAGCAUCCAGACAACCGCUCGCUUUUCAUGCAUCAAGAGCAACGCCUGCUCGGCUUGGUAAUGUCCAACAUACUCGACCAGCAGGUAGCUUUGAUUAUAUCGCGUGUUUUGUUCCAAGUUUCGCGUGGCACCGGAGUCGGUGGGGCGUCUUCGAUGGCAUCGUUGGAAUAUCGUUUUCAGCAACGACAGGCAGAGGACAAAAAUGUAGCUGCCGAGAGGCAUUUUAGUACUGGUGCUAUCAGUGGUGUGGACGUGAAAGCCGAAGUUAAAGUAGAAACUGUGUGUUCAGUAUCAGCAACCGCCGCCACAGCUACAGCCAUACCAUCAAUGGCUACGUCAGUAGCGGCAGGACACAUAGCCCGCACACUCGCGAGUGAUAUUAAAAGAGAAGAGCUGCCAGAGCAUGCAACCGAUGACACCAGCGGCAUUAACGCGAACUGCAACAGCAGCGCCAACAACCACAACAUCAGUGAAAAUAGUAGCGAUCCUGCGCCAAUACACAAGCUGCCCUUGUCUGCAACCGCAGCGGCAGUGAUUAACAAAUCCCAAAACGCCUGCGCCACCGUCGAUGACAACAGCAACAGCAGCAAUGCACUGGCGCCUGCCGCUGCUUUACUCAAUGACGUCAGCAAUAGCAGCACGAACAGCAACAGUUGCGGCACAGUUAGCAGCAACAGUAAUAGUAAUAGUAUCAGCAGCGGCAACAACAACACCAGCAGCAAUAUGCACAUUAAGAAUGCGAUAGAAAACGCCAAUGUGAAUGCGCUGAACGCGGUGGCACCUACGUUGACCAAUAGCGAGGCAAGUCACAUGCAAGCAACGCUGCUGAGUAGCAACGGCAGUGGUAAAAAUGUGAUAAGCGCAACAAUGCCUACUAUUAACGCCGUGCCACUUACCAAUGCCAGCAACAACAACGGUAAUGGCGCCGACAACAGAAAUAGCGCGCCGCCAUCGACUGUGAUGCCAAGCGCGACGACACAAUCGUCGCCACCACCACCACCUACCGCAGCAGUAGCUGCGCAAACCACGGCCGCAGCACCCCCAGCCACCACAACAGCAGCAGUUGCGUAGUACACAACCAUGUUGCCGACGUUAGCAGCAGUGCCGGCAGUGACAAUGCAACAGCAACACGCAGACUUAUCGCUAGAGCCACAGCAGCAGCAACAGGAACAUGUUCACAUGCACGAACAACAGCAGCU